AAAAUCACAAUGAUCAAGAAUUCAGUAUUUCACAACAGGUCCUUGGAGUUUUCCAUUGGUUUGUAUAUGUUGGUACUUGUACGGGGAGGAGAAAUGCCAAAAUUAAUUGUUUGGGGUACUAUUUACUCCACGGGUCAUUUUCUGUUUCAGGAACAUUUGCAUUCUGGACAGGACACACAACAAGACACAGGGCAGACAGCUCAAUAGGCAGACAGCUCAAUAAAGUUUUUGAAGUUUUUAUAAGUUUCUCACCUUUAACACUUUUCCCCCGAACGGCUUCAUUUAGUUUAGACACUUCCGUAAUACUUUGUAAGCAGGUGUCCUCUAGUCAAGAGUUUAAAACAUUACCCGUUUUGUGCUUUAAAACCUUCCCAUGUUUCGAUUGAGUUUGAUUGAGUGGGUUGUGUGAAAGGUUGUGGCCAGAGACCCUUAUCUUGGCCAGCAGCGCUGGGCUGGGGCAGCCCUGGGGCGGGUAAGGGAAGGGCCCCUGAUACCCCGUGACAACGCCCCGUCGUCGGCUGGCUCCCGUGCCAGAGAUUGCUUUGUUCUCAGGGGGUCGGGGAGAUGACGUCGUGGUGGACGGGCGACUCGAGACGGCGGCGUGGUGGCAGGAACCCUUUAUCAGCCCCCAUUCGUCCUCAGUGACACAGUGAAGAUCUGCAGGACCCCUGCCUCCCCCCCCUCCCCUUCACCUCUCCGGGCCUCCUCUCACCCCUGAUCACAUGAUCGCGUGUGUCCCUCCGUCGCCUGAGGUGGGGUUGCCCUUUAAAAAGCCAGAAACCGCUUGGGUUCACGCAGACGCGUGGGGCGCGUGAGUUCGGUCAAAACCGGCCGUUUUCUACAGACUCGAUGUCUACGAGUCCAUUGGAUAGGGAAGGAGGCGCCUUCUGCAGCUGAGAACCCCUGCGCCAGGCAAGUGGGGCACCACAUCGUACCCCGUUAAUAAGGAUUAAUCUCUCGCGUACGUCGGCGACGAUGCCGCUGCCGCGCGUCCUGUGCUCCUCGACGGACGGCCGGACGUCUCCGAGGAUUUGCGGGCUCCUGAACGUCCUGCUGGCGCUGCUGAGCCGCUUCCUGUUCGCCGUGCACGGCGUGGUGACGGUGUGGCGGGUGGUGGCGGUCAAGGGCGAGCCCCUGUACUGGCUGCUGCUCAGCGGCGCCGCCCUGCUGGGCGUGGAGAUGGCCGUCACCCUCAAGUGCACCCGAAACGCCGAGUGGAAAUGGUUCUCCCCAAUGGUUUUCCUGUACCUCAGCACGGUCGUGCCCUCCAUCUGGUUCCUGGAGCUGGACCUGCUGCAGUCGAAGCUGCCGCUUAACACCUCCUUCGGGAACGACCUCCACCUCCUCUCCCACAUCCCGAUCGCGGCGGGCCUGGCUCAGCUGGACCCGGAGAACUGGGCCGCGGGGCUGGAGCAGACCAUGCUGAUCGUGCUGGUGCUGGGGCGCUGGCUGAUGCCCAAGGGGGACAUGUCCCGGGGUCAGCUCUCCCAGCUGCUCAUGGUCUACGUGGGCCUGGGCGCGGACAUCCUGGACAUCUUCGACACCUUCAAGGAGCCCGAGGUCAAGACCAACCGGACCGUCGUUAUCGUGGGGCUCAGCCUGUUCACCUGGGCCCUCAUGCAGUUCCCCCUGGUGCUGACCCAAACCAGCCACUCCAAAGCUCAGCGCGGGACCGACCGGUGCUCCUCCUCGGAAGCCGGAGGCCGCGGGGACGCGGACGGGCCGGCGGGCAACCGCUGGUCCUCCUGCUGCUCCAGCGAGGCCUGGAGCCUGCUGCUCACCGUCGGACUGCAGGACGGGCCCUUCCUGGUGUACCGCCUCUACCUGAUGGUCCGGGAGAACGUGCUCAACCAGCUGAUGAUAUUCUUCACCUGCAAGAACAUCCUGGUGGUCCUCCUGGAGAUCUACCGCAUCCUGGUGGUCCAGUGCGAGCGGAUGGGCCCGGAAGGAUCCGGAACUGCGCGGCGUUGCCAUAGCGCCGCUCGACCGCGAGACGCGGAGAGCGGGGAUCGGAGCUGUCAGCCGGAGACUGGGUGAGGCGCCUUUUCGGCGUGAAUCUGCCUGGCGGGGGGGGGGGGAUCUCUUCCGAAGCCUGCGGGAAACGUUCAGAGAACGCAGGGCGAACGUAUGAAGCCGAGUUGCUGGCACACGCCGGCGAAACAUCUCGAUGACGCUACGGCUAAACUGUCGUUGUUGCCGAACGACGGAGGCUCUGGUGCUUGCGAACGGGCUGGAAAGGACUACAGAGACAUUAUUAUUCUGCACUGCACGUAUUAUAAAUAAGCUGAUUUGCAACUGCAUUAAAUAUUUCAAUAUUGUCAGGUUUUGCUCACAGUGUAUCAGCUAGCUUACUCAGUCCACGUCAUCCAUCCCUGUUCCAAUUACUGCCUCUGAACUACAUUUUUGUUUAAAGACAUACAUUAUGCAUUAUUCAGUAUUAGAUAUUUUAUUGUCUUUUUUUACUUAGAGGUAAUUUCACAUUGUAAAGGAAAUAUCCUUUAUUAACAGUGAUGAGUUUUGUAUUUUUAAAAAAACCUCUGUAAUUUGAUGUAAUAUAUUGUGAUCACUUGUAUGCAUAUUCAUAAUUCAAUGUCCUCCAACGGUGCAUUAUUUAGCAAGAUAUAAAUGUUUUGCCAUAUUCUUACUCGAAAAUUAAUUUAAAUUUAAGUAACAGAUUGGUUCAACAGGCAGAUUCCAUUAAUCACAAGAUGAGACGUCUCUGAGUGUAAUUUCGACCUUCCUCUCAGCUCCACGAGAUGGCAGUGUUACCAUGCCACCGAUGCUGACAUAUAAUAAAAAGAUGAGUCAAACCACAGUUCUAACACUUGCAAGGACUUCCGAAAAAUCUAAGUUACGCUCAACAACAUCCAACCACAAAAUUAUACGUUUCCGUUUCACUUGUCCAGAUAAGUGAUUUGCGUGUCUGCGCGCCUUUUUUCUAAUGCACUUUUCUGAGAAUGAGGCUCAUGCAAGAUGUAAAUUUAAUCUAGACUACAGAGUAAUUAGUUGUAUAAUCGAAUUACUCAUGUACAUAUAAUAUGCAGAGUAAUGUACAUUUACAUAGUCAUGUCUGAUGCUCGGAGAAACUAACUGCAGUUCUUUGAGUAAUGAAGAGCACCACCUCAUCAAGUCGGUCUUUUAUUUCCAGAACACAGGCAAGUUCUCAGUAUCAAAUGCAAGCAAUAUUUGCGGCGCCGGGCAUGAAACGCUGCAUACGGAUUGUAAAUAACAGACGAGUCUCCCAUUUCCGUACAGCUGUUCUCAGCUGGGAGGUUUCGAUUUAUUCUGUCUCCUCCUGCCGGGCCACAAUAAUAUCGGAAUGUCUCAAAAUGUAGGUAUAGAAACCUACAACAAUACCGGCACAUGUAUGAAAGCUAUUCAUGUCUCGUGUUAAAUAACACAAUGAAAGCAGGUGAAGGGAAUCAUCUUACAGUAUUUUAUCAGAAUGCCCGUUGCCCCAGAGAUCCGCGUGCACCAGUUUCCUUUUUUAUUAGCCGUUCCGACUGACAAGCUCAGCCAUGAAUACGUAAUGUCUAAAUUGGUUGUGUAAGAGCUCUAAUUUCCUCUGCUACACUAAUGAUACCUCAGUCAGAUUGAUUUGAAUGAGAGACUGGCGAAGACUAGCAGAAAAGACUAGGCUAUAGCGUUCAAAGAGAGGAAUAAGUACAUAGGGCCUGGAGCCAGGAUUUUUAAUGACCAUUAAAGCAUUGUAAUUAUUCUACCUCUUACUGCUGUAAUUAUUACGAGGUAGAAAAACAAUGGCAUCAUUUAACAUGCAGUGCAGGCUUUUGCUAAAUGGAAUGGGGCCCUUAAUUUGACACUGAAGAAUUGAUUUAUUUUAGGAAAAUUGAUAUAGGCUAUUGAAGUAAAUCACUUUAGUUUAGGAUGGACGCAAAAUCCACCUGUAUCGGCCAGAUUAAAAAAAAAAUUUCAACCACAGA